AUGGUGGACAACACUGAUGACGAAAGCGGUCCUCGUCGACUGACGUACCUUGUAUACGUGCCCAGUGAGAAGCGACCAAUGGCAGUUGUUGGCCUGGCUAGUCAACCUGUGGUUUUGACACAUGUGGAAAAGACAAGAUUUGACCAGCUUCAGAGGACUACAAAGCAAAACACUUCAAAGACCCACGAAGGAGACUGCUACCAAAGUCUGGGUUGCUGGAAGGAUAAUCUCACUGACCGCGCCAUUCCAACACUCGAGGGGACAGAUCCACGCCUGGGUGACAGCUAUGGCGCACGGAGUAACCCUGUCGAGAAGUGUUACCAGGUAGCACAUUCUCGUGGGUUGACCGUGUUUGCUGUACAGGAUGGCGGACAGUGUUUCGGGUCUGCUAAUGGCCACAACACUUUCUUCAAGUACGGACGUUCCUCCGCCUGUGGAGUGGACGGCGAAGGCGGGACCUCGACAAAUGAAGUCUACCUGAUUGGUGUCAAUGUUGCCCUGGGAAAGCCAGCGUUCCAAACAAGCCAUUUCCGUCCUCCCGGAGGGGCUGCCAGUCGUGCCGUAGACGGAAACACCGAUCCCGCGUACCACCAUGGUUCCUGUACACACACUAGUAACCCGGGGGAGACUAACCCGAGCUGGUGGGUGGAUCUUGGGCAAUCGUAUGUGAUUGACAGGGUACUCAUCUUCAAUCGCCAAGACCUUUGUCCGGAAAGAAUCAACCCCUUCAACAUCCACAUCGGGGAUUCUUAUCACAUCAGCACGAACCCCAGGUGUGGAGGUGAUCAUUACAUCAACCUGAACCAGCCGUCCAUUUCCGUCUCCUGUCAGGGGAUGAAGGGUCGCUAUGUGGGCGUCCGUCUUCCCGGACCCUACCGAAUACUGACCCUGUGUGAAGUCCAAGUAUUUUUGGGUCGCUGUGCGCCAAAGAUACUCGACAAUUCUGCACCGAACCUCUACAAAAUCUCAUCAGAACUGGUAUGUCGGAUGGGAGAUGGAGCAUCCUACCGAGGAACAGUCUCUAAGACUGAAACAGGUAAGACCUGUCAGCGCUGGGACAGUCAGACACCACAUGGACACGAGUACACUACUGCAAAAUACCCGUCAUCCGGGCUGGAGGAGAACUACUGCCGGAGGACUAGCGACUGGACCGAAGUUUGGUGCUUCACCACGGAUCCCAUGGCCAGCGCGAGAUGGGAGUUUUGUGACGUACCAGUAUGUGUUGUCGGACACAAGCGGCAUGGAUGCAAAGGUGGUUACAUACGACUCGGGCGACACUGCAUCCGGCUGGUUCCCAUCCCAAAGUCCUUUGUGGACGCACAGCUGGCCUGUAAGGCGGAUGGGGCGACCUUGGCCAUGCCUAAAACCAAAGAGUUGGACCUGGCUCUAAGACGCCUGGUCAAAACAUCCGGAGGAAACUACGAUCACUGGAUUGGCAUGACGGAGGAUGGCGACGUCGACUGGACAUGGGUGGACAGGACACGUCUGGGACACUACCGGGGAUGGCACCCCAGUGAGCCAAGAGACUCUAGAUGGGAUUCACUUUGUGUCCACUACUGGUCGUCAGGACAUACCAUUGAUCCUAUGUGGGACGACACUAAGUGCAGCGAGAAAAAGUGGUACAUCUGCCAGUCUCGUCCUCACAUAUAA